UUAAUUUAAAUAAACAAAUUGUUUUUAGAAUCACAUAAGGUGAAUUGUAUUUCUAAUUUUCUGUACUGAAUCUUUUAAGUUAAAAAUGGGCAAAAAAGCAGCAGCUGGAGAUGUUGAAAAAGGAAAGAAAAUCUUUAUUCAAAAAUGCAAACAGUGUCAUACCUACACCUCUGAUUGUACCAACAAAACUGGUCCAACCUUGCAUGGUUUGUUUGGCAGACAAAGUGGACAAGUUGCAGGAUUUGAUUACACCGACCAAAACCGAGACAAGGGAGUGAUCUGGGGUGAAGAUACACUUGAUGUUUACUUGACAAACCCAGCUAAAUAUAUUCCAGGAACCAAAAUGGUUUUCGCUGGAAUUAAGAAAAAGGGAGAACGAGCUGACCUCAUCGCUUUUCUUAAGGAUGCUACAAAGUAGUUGCUACAUUCUGUUCAUCAUAUUUAUUUGUGUUAGCCAAAUUUUCCUUGUCGUUUAUAAUAUCUUGUUGUAUUAUCAGUUAAACAAAUUCAGGAUAUAAACCUGUUCAUCUAUACAUUGUCUGUACACUACUAUGAUUUAUGUAACUAGGUUCUUCUACAGUGAACUGUUUUAAAAUUAAAUUUUGCCGUGUAAAUUUGGAUUUUAGAACUUGUUAAUAAACUGUUAAAAACUUUAAUAAUGAAUGUGCUGAAUCUAAUAAUGAAUGUGCUGAAUCUAUAUAAACACAUUGCUUCUACAAUAUUUGUCUUGAACCAAAUCUAAUGUCUGCAAGUAUUUUAGACUAGUUGUGGGCAUACAAGAUUUUUUAAAUUUUUGCGACCCAACCAAUAAAAAAGGCAAACCAG